AAGAUCUAUUUGGAUUUUGUAGUCCAGGACAGGAAAGGUGUUGAGCAGAUUAUCUCUACAACUCACUCCUUGGCUAGGAAAGAAAAGAUGCCCUGGGUAUGUGAAUUCAGUGAUUAGAAAUGUGACAGGACCUCUAUUCACUCAGAGAACUGCAUUAGGUGACCAAGUCCUGAGGAGCAGAAUGGAGUGAUUGUAGCCCAAAAUUAUAAGAGUUGGUGAGGACUGGAAGAUAUGGAGUCUUCCGACUUGAUGGACAAUCUGCCGUCCCUGCAAUUUGAGCAGGGGGUUCGGGAAGAAGAAAUCCCAUGGCUGUUUCUUCAGAGCCGUUCCCGAGGAUUGAUGAUCCAAGCCUGUGCCCACGCAGCUUUCUUCUGCAGACUACUCUGGGUCUUGAGGAAAAUGGAAGAGAGCACCUUAGUUUCUAUGCUCCCUUUAGAAGAAGAGGAAGAAGAUCCUUAUAAAAAACCUUCCAAAAAAGAACUGAGAGUGGGCAUUAUUGGAGGUGGACGACUGGGAAAGCAACUGGCUUUAGUGUUACUCCACCGGGCUUUUAUCCCUCCUCAGAAUCUUCAUAUCUCCACUCGGAGGCCAGAGAUCCUGAAUGACCUCCAGAAGAUGGGGAUCCAAUGCUUUUAUCAUAACUGUUUUCUGGUACAGUGGGCCAAUCUGAUCUUCCUCUGCUGUUUGCCAUCCCAGCUGUCUCACAUUUGCAUGGAAAUCAACCCAAGGCUUGACAAAUUUUGCAUUGUGUAUAGUCUGGUCACUGCUGUCCCUCUGCCUAGGCUGAAGCAGCUGCUGUGUCACACCUCCAUUUUACACCCCCAGUAUCAGUGUGCCGAAAACUAUGUUGAUAUUUGGGGGUCUAACGAGGACAUCUCGUCUGCACUUCAAGAUCCUGACAUAGUUCAUGCCUCUUCUCCUUACAGCCCUGACGGAGGAGUAACUGUCAACAUCAAGUGGCUGGAGGCAGUUUUCUAUGCAGCUCUCAAUACCUGCACAUUAAAGAAAAUACCCUAUCCACAAGUGCUAGAGAUACUCACUAACUUGUGUCUCUCGAUUCAUCCACCAACCUGUGGGGAAGAUAAGUCUAAUUGCCCAAGGUUCAUUGUUACAGAUUUUGUCAAUCAAGCCUUUGCCAAGACCCUAAAUCCAAGCAAUGUUUUCCCUUGGUUUGAUUUGAUCACUGUGCAACUCAAAGAAACUCCCUUUAGCCAGCACCUAAGAAAAACUGUGACUCUUCAGGAACACUUAACAGUUCUUUACUGUGCUUCAUUUGGCAUAUCACUUUCCCAAGAAAUAGAAGAGGAGGAAGAAAGAGAAGAAGAAGAGAAGGCUCCAGGUCUAUAUCCUUGAAAGACAACUUUUUCAGCUGCUUGGGGAAUCUUCAGACUGAUCAGUAUGAUUCCCUCUCCUCCCCAGAUCAGCCCACUUAAUGAGGAUGGGCCUUCACUUUUACUGCUGGCAGUAGUGGCUGUUUUAUUUAGCAGUAACUGUUGGUAGAUCUACAUAAAUAUACAAGUUUUUGCUUAAUUUGAUGAUAAAUACACCAAGCUAAGAGAGUGGAAACAUUACAUUACAAUACAUAGUAUUGUGUUUACUACAAACUGAGCACCAAGGAAAAGGAAAAAUUAUGCUGUCAGCUCUUAAAACUACAGUUAAAAAACAUAUAUUACCUUAAUUAAAGGUGAAUUUGGCUUUUAGAGAUCACCAAAAUAACCUAAACAUUCUGACUCACUUAAGAACAGUCUUUUGAUACUGCCUCUUGUUCAAAAGUCUAAAUUUACAGUUCUAAUGUAAUAU